GAAGGCAAAGAGAGUUGUAUAUGCAGUGGGCCAGCUGAGAGGAGAGGAAGGGUGCCACGUUGAUCGUGUGUUCUGUGCUGCAGGGCCUGUGCCGGCCGGGCUGCAACAGGUUGUGGUUGCCAGCGACUGCCGGAAGGAGCCGGGAUCCAGCGAGCGGCGCCGUCAGCACCGAGUCGGAACGAGCGGAGCGGCCCUUGCUCAAACCCGGCAGCGUGACCUAGCUCUGCUGACAAACACACCCGGCUGUGGGCACGCUGGCAGCGGAGGAUGGGAUGACUACUCUCAGAAGCAGAGGCAAGAUGAACAGCCAAAACUGUGACCUCUGGGUUUAUCCUGCCGCCUGAUCUAAGUUCCUGCAGAGGUCAACUCUCCAACAGAAGUUUCCGUCUGCGUUCGGCCUGCUCCUGGGCAUUGUAUUUGACUUCAUACUGGGCAAGGCGGGGAUGUGGUGCUGCGAUGCUGUUUGGAUCAUGAGAGACGAUGAAGCUAACUGACAAUGCCCGACUUAGUUCCUCCAUAACGUCGUCUGCAAUAGGAACAAAUCAUUUUCAGGAACAGUUCUCCCCAGUGGAGUUACCAAUAAUUACCCCUCAAUCAACAGCAAUGUUUAGGCUAAAGCUGCCAAUAGAAAUGGACCCCUUACAAAGUGACCGCUGCCCCUCCCCAAACCUGGAUGCAAUUGAGACCUCGGUGGAAGAGGAUAGCUUUGAAUUGCGCUCACGUGGAAGAGAUGUCAAGUUAAGUGAGUCCCUGAACUCUGAUGACUUCAAGAAGUUUCACCGUGGAUCCACAAUCAAAAAGUACAACUCUCAGUAUCACAAACUCUUCAAGGAUGUCCCUGAGCAGGAGACAUUGAGGAAAGUCUACUCCUGUGCUCUCCAGAAAGACAUCUUAAUCCAGGGCCGUCUCUAUAUCUCAAGCAACUGGGUAUGCUUCUACGCUAAUUUCUUUGGAAAAGAUAUUAAGGUCAUGGCUUCGGUUACCUCGGUCGUACUGGUCAAGAAGCAUCGGACAGGAGGGCUUCUGCCCAAUGGACUUGUGAUCAGGACAAGCUCAAAUGAAAAGUACAUCUUCGUCUCCUUCAUCUCGAGGGACAGUGUCUACGAUGUGUUGAAGCAGGUCUGCUCACACUUACAGGAUAACAGUAAGAAGAGCUUGAGUGUGGGCUUGGGCACGGACACAUUGGAUUCCCAUCCUUCGGAAGGCUAUAGGUUACAUUUGGAGUGGAAAAGAAAACUAUCUAAUGGCUCCUCAUCCUCACAGCCUGAAACAGAACACCAGUCGCUGCUGGGAAACUCCACCAGCAGCCUGAGUACUCCAGAGGUGGAGAGCUCCAGCUGCAACAGUCAGACCUUCAGAGAGAGACUGGUGAAGAAAGAAAAAAUACUUGAAUUAGAUUCAGUCGAAGGAAUCAGCCAAGUAGAAUAUCGAAUACUCAGGAUAUUAAUUUUCAUCGUCAUUAUUCUCUUGGCGUCCUCCAUUUACAUGACAUACAGAGUGUUCUCACUGGAACAACAGUUGGGACUCCUGGACACAGCCUCCCAGUCACCCACCCACAAGAGGUAAGGUAGGUCCCUAAGGUUUUGUUGAAGCUGUUGGCUCACACUGGCUCAGCGCUGGACCGGACAGCCCGGAGACUCUACUCUUUCCUGUACUCACUGGAUGGGACUGGAACUGAAAGAGGCCAAUUACAAACCGUGAGCUGCUGAUGUCUCCAGUGCACUCUGAUAUUACCACAACACAAAGGUUUCAAUUUCAGAACACUUGCACAAAACUCAAUAAGAAGCCUAUUUUUUAAUUUAUUUGUUAAAUAAAGUUCAGUGUGUUAUCUGUCCAUUCCAAAGGUUAAAGUCCAUCACUCCUACUGUCCUGGCGCUAGGGCACCCAGCAUUCACAAGCAAGAGCUUUAUUUGCUUCUAAUCAUUUGUGAAUUGGACAUCAGGACUAGUUGUUGACAGGGCAGCUGGGAACCCCAUGCGCCGAGCGAUGGAAGACUGGACCUUCUGAAGCAGCAGAAGAGACCACAGCGGACUGGAACUCAGUGUCUACAGCGCCCUUGUCACUGGAACGAUGGGAGUUCUUGGCCCCCCACCCACUAAACAAAUUGUUCCAUUGACCUCGGCCAGUCACUGCCCUGCCUCCUUGCUUUGUUCCACACCCUUACUCAGCAGGUGCCAAUUGUUUCUGUGCUCUCCACAUCUCGAAGAAGCUUUAGCAGCUGUUUACAUUGGAAAUGACUCAACUUUGGAUUUUAUGUGGGCAUUACGAUAAUUAAAAGUGUGGGUCCCUUCUGUGUUCAGUAAUAUAAGAAGACAGCACCUACUCCUGCUAUGGAGACAGAUUCACAGCAAUGGAGAAAACACAGUCACAGGAAGCAGAGGGAGAGCAGUUGCUGGAGGGAGGGUGGUCAGUGGAGGGAAGUGGUUUCUGGAAGAAGGGUGUCCAGUGGAGAGAGUGGGACAGAGAGCAUUUGUUGGAGGGAGCACAGACAGUGGAGGGAAGGAGAUUGCCAGGAGUGAGGGUGGUUGCUGGAGGGAACGCAGUCAUUGGAAGGAGGGUCGUCCCCAAACAUAAUGAUGGGAAGGUGAUCAAAAGGGUGACAUGAGUAGGCGUCAUCAUUGAGAGUGGUGGGAGGGCCACAAGUGGAGUAAAUGGAGGGAGGAGGCCACAGCAGAAGAAAGGAACAAGAGCCGGGGGGAAUGAAGGGAGGGCCAUUGAUGGCGGGAGAGCAGGAGAGAGACCAGUAGCUGUGGGUGGAUGUUCGCUUUGUAUCUUGGAAAAGUAAGAAAGCUGAAAGAAGAAGUUUGCUUUAAGGUGCUAUGAGCAGUGGGUGGACACGUUAUUCUGUUGGGCAUGGGCAGCAGGUGGAUAUGGGAACAGGCAGGAUACUGUGGAAUGAUUUAGUAUUGAAUUGUGUGUACUGAACAGAGGAGAAGGUGGACCCUUCACGCUAGGGUUAUAAGGUGACAGAAUUGAUUGUAGAUCACGGUCAUUGGGAGAGUUUUGGUGUACCGAUUGCAUUUUUGAUGCUUAGAUUCUGACCUGUGAACAGGGUGUGGGCUCUCCCGGGAACACUCGCUAUUUGGGCCUCGUGCACACUGGGCUUCACUCUUGCUGAUCAGAAAUACUUGCCUGUUAUUCUCGUUAUUUAGAUUAAUAAAUGUUACAAUGGUGUUCCUGUGAUUUUCCUCAGUGCUGCGUUCUACCUUCAUUAAUGUUUGUCACAGA